UGUUUUUGCGAGAUCGGCCAUCCGACUGUUGAUGAGACGUCGCAUUUGACUUACAAGACCGGUGCUGCGAAAAAGUCAUAGGGAUGCAGGGACAUGAGGCGUCUCAAUAUAUGUAUGGUGUCGGACUUCUUUUAUCCCAAUAUGGGUGGAGUAGAAGCGCACAUUUAUCACUUGUCACAGCGCUUGGUGCGAAGGGGUCAUAAGGUUAUCGUCGUUACGCACAACUAUGGACGACGGGCGGGUGUACGAUACCUUACGUCAGGAGUAAAAGUUUAUCAUAUCCCCCAUUGGCUGGUCUAUGACCAAGUGUCCCUUCCAACUGUGUAUUCGCUUUUUCCGCUCUUUCGAUACAUUGUGGUCAGAGAGCGUAUCGACGUCGUUCACGGACAUGGGGCUUUCUCGUCCAUGUGUCAUGAAGCUAUUCUGCAUGCAAGAACUAUGGGUCUCCGCGCCUGUUUCACAGAUCACUCUUUGUUCGGGUUCGAGGAUGCAAGUAGCAUCUUGACCAACAAGUUACUGAAAUUCACGCUGUCUGAUAUCGAUCAUGUCAUUUGUGUCUCCCACACCAGUAAAGAGAAUACCGUACUUCGGGCCUCCCUCGAUCCCCUGCAGGUGUCAGUUAUUCCUAAUGCUGUCGUUGCGGCAGACUUCCGGCCAAAUUCGUCAGCACGAGAGGCGGGGAAAAUCACAAUAGUAAUAGCCAGUCGGCUCGUCUAUCGUAAAGGGGUAGACCUAAUGGUGGCGGUAAUUCCUUGCAUAUGUGCCCAAUUUGAAGACGUCAACUUUCUAAUCGCCGGGGAUGGGCCAAAACGAACAGAUUUGGAACAAAUGCAGGACAAGUAUGGCUUGCAAGACCGUGUCAAAUUAUUGGGUGCAGUCGAUCAUGCACGCGUGAGAGACGUACUUGUGCGAGGUCAUAUUUUUCUAAACACUUCCUUGACCGAAGCAUUUUGCAUUGCGAUCGUGGAAGCAGCAUGUUGCGGCUUGCUUGUUGUCAGUACACGUGUUGGGGGAGUGCCUGAGGUUUUACCUGAAGAUAUGGUACUGUUUGCUGAACCGGAUGAGAAAGACCUGGUGUCAUCUCUUUCGAGAGCCAUUGAGACCAUACGAACUGACGCGCCAAACCCGCUACGCUUUCAUCAGAGGGUCAAAGACAUGUACAAUUGGAGCGAUGUUGCUGAACGAACGGAGAUGGUUUACGACACUAUUAUGACAGACCCACAUCUUUCGCUGGUUGAACGACUGCAGAGAUAUCAUGAAUGCGGCGUGUAUGCCGGAAUCCUUGCUUGCAUGAUUGUAGCAUUAGACUAUCUAAUCUGGCUGUUCCUUGAAUGGCUCCUUCCACGCGAAGACAUCGACGUGUCUCCAGCGUUCAACCACGACCUAUUUUUGGAAAUAUGCCAGAAGAAGAUCACAACGAGAAACGACAAUGAAACUAAACAAGGAACCCAAGAGACAAAAGGAGCGUUUAUUUAAAAUACCAAAAAGCGAUACACGGUGUACCAUAGAGUAAAUGACCAUUUAAUCUUCAUCUACC